AUUCUGGGCCUCAUGGCACUCUUGGUAACCGUGGUUCUAGCUCUCACCUGUCUUGGUGGCCUUGCCGCCCCAGGCCCUGUGCCCCACUCCAUGGCCCUGAAGGAACUCAUUGAGGAGCUAGUCAAUAUCACGCAGGACCAGAAGACUCCCCUCUGCAAUGGCAGCAUGGUGUGGAGCGCUGACCUGACAGCUGGAGGGUACUGUGCAGCCCUGGAGUCUCUGGCUAAUGUCUCCAGCUGCAGCACCAUCCACAAGACCCAGAAGAUGCUAAACGGACUCUGCACACGCAAGGCCUCAACCAGGCAGGUAUCCAGCAUCCGAGACACGAAAAUUGAGGUGGCCCAGUUCAUAAAGACCUUGCUCAGAUACUCACAGAAACUUUAUCGUAAUGAAAUAUUCAACUGA